CUCUACCGAGACUAUGCUGAUUAUUAGAUCUGUAUGAUACACAGGGUACACUGUCCAAAGGUACACAAUGACAAUUUAUACAACAGACUAUAGUGACAUGGUCAUGAUGGUGUUGAUUAAUUUGUUAUUUGUAUAAUGAUAAUGUAUAUCAGUUCGUGUGUAUAUCAUGUAUCUCUCUACCAUAACACAUGAUGAGAGAAUAACAGCGAUUUUUCUUCCUAUACUUUUCACAUGAGUCUGUGCACCUUGUGACUUAGGGAAAAUAUCACAUAGAAAAAGAAUCAUUUUGGGAAAAUAAAGAGAUCUUUAAUUUGCAUUAUAUUGGGAAAAUACAGAAGAAAUUUUCAAGGAAAAUUGGUCUGUAUAAGGCCAAAUUAUUGAUUUACCAUAGAAAAUCUCUGAAUAAUGUGUUCAACCUGGGUGUUUAUAUUAGUAAUUUGGGGAAAAAAUAAUGCUUGCAAAAAAAUUUCCAAAAUUCCCAAAAAUGUCCUUCAUAGGCGCUUUCUUCAAAUAAGAUAGUAACUUACAUUGACAAGAAAAAAGGAUACAGAAUAGGUUGCUUUUUAGGUUGAUUACAGUAUUGAGCAAUUUUUCAUGCAUGGAGAAUCAAACCUUCAUUUUUUUCUAGUUUCAUGUAGUGCUUGUGAUGGUAUACAUGAGUAGAUACUUGUAUAUAUGAAAUAUUACUGAAAAUUGUGUAAAAUUUUAUCAAUUUACCUGGUCUAUAUUGAACAGACAUUUACCGCCCUUGUUUUAGGGAAACAGGAUUCUUUGUUAUGGGCGGAUUGGUCGAGUGGUUAACACUCCGGCCUUCCACGCAGCCGGCCGGGGUUCGAUCCCCGAAGUCGGCAUAAGCAUGGAUGUUCAAAGAAUGUUUUUCUCCUGCCCACACAACUCCAACAACCCAGUGAACGUCUGUGGCCUAGUAACUGUCCGUCACUGAUGAUACGGCGAGCUACAACUGACAGCUGACUCUACUGACCAUGUCGGGGUCCAUCUUGACCGCCCUGUGUUACUCCUUCAUGUGGAGUACGAUGUACUUCACACUGUGCCUCAUUAACUCGAAAAAAAGCUACGAGUGGCACUGCCGCACGGUGACGGCCAUUCAUGCAUCAGUUGUCUCGAUUCUCAGUGCCUGGUGUGGCUUCGUCCAGGGUCCAUGGCCGUUCACACAUGCAGGUGGGCCCAGUACGCCUUUACAGCUGGUAACAACAGAAAUCUGUCUCGGCUACUUUCUCUUUGAUUUCACCUGGUGCCUUUACUUCCGGUCUGAGGGCUUAGUGAUGCUGGUCCACCACAUGGUCAGUAUAUUUGGAUUGACCUUCUCCGCCGUCACCGGACACUACGGCACGGAACUGAUAGCCGCUAUCUUCGGCAGUGAAGCCACCAAUCCUCUACUGCAAAUGCGAUGGUUCCUGAAGGAAACCGGAAAAUACAACACCUUAUUGGGAGAGAUUGUAGACCACGGUUUUGUAUUUAUGUUCGGGUUUCUACGAAUUGGGAUAGGAUCCUGUCUAUUGUAUUCUUACUUCCAACAAGAUACGGACAUUCUUGGGCGUCUUUCAGGUAUCGUACUCUAUGCAAUUAGUUGGAUGUUUUGGAUAAGUAUUGUGCAAUAUGCUAUUCGAAAGUAUAAGAAAAAGUUCAAGAAAUGGGCCGAACUUGCAGAUGCCAAAAAACAGGAGUCGAGCAGUUCAAAGGUACUGAAAGUGAACGGACACAAUGAGCUCACCAAUGGCGGCCUUUGUAUGAAUGGGUUAGCCAAUGAUAGCCUUUCUAACAAACUAGUAUCGCAGACCAUGUCCAAUGGUGACUUGAACUUCAAUACUAGAGAGAUUAUCGAAGAAAAUGGAAAUGGAAACAUUGAGGAGUCCUUGAAUGGCUACCUACAUAGAAGGAACACUGCUAGUCAGGAAAAGCCUUAGCUUCACUCCAUAUGUACAUUGAUAUUUAUGGUGAAUUCUGCUCAGAUUUAUUUUGAUAAUGGUUGUGUAGGUGUGUUGAAACUUACACUGCAUCAGUUUCAUCUUGUGAUAUUUUGUGCUGUGGAUUCUUGUUUAUUUUUAUAGUCGUCCUAUAUUUUUCUAGGAGCCUAUUGAUCAAACUUCCAAAAUGUUCAGUCAAAUUUUGAAAUUUUGAUAUGUUCCCAUAGUUAUAUCUGUUCAAAAUUGAUAAAUUCAUGUGGUUUUUUUAAGUGAUAUCAUUAAUUUAAACCCUAAAUUAAACUUGUUUUGAUUUCUAAGAAAAUAAAAGUUUCACAUCACAUGUUAAAAAGCUUUAUUACAACUACGGUAGGUCUGAAUGCUUUGUUUCAAAUUUGUAUCAUAGCUACUGAACUGGACUGUUUUUAUCAGCAAUGGUGGUGGCUGCGAGGAAAACGUUUUGCAUGAUUUGGGUUUGCAAACCAACUCAGCUACAUGCUAAAUUUUAGAAUCCAGGCCCAGUGUGUUUGCCUGCAUUGAAACAAGAAUCCUAAGACGAAAAUAUGUUUUUUGUCGAUAAUAUAAUUUCCAGUUACUCAUUGUAGGCAAUAUUAUCCAUUCACCCCUGAAGACACAUUUGAACUCUUCCAAUCCAUAGGUUGGAACAGUUCAUUAUGAAAUUUCAGGGGUGAAUGAGUUAAAUUAUCUCAAAAUGGCAGAAUAAGGUGUUUUUCCAAGGAUCCUUGAAUGGCAAGAUGUUUUUUGUAGAUAAUAUCAGUUGUAGGAAAUAUAUAAUAACUAAUAUCUAAAAAGGAAAAAUAAGAUAUUUAUAGAUAUGAAUUGCAAUUCUCUUAAAGCUGUAAAAUACAGAAAUACUCUCCUAAAUUUCAUGUACCAUAUGUUUAUACAGUUUUUCACAAUAGAUUGAGUAUUUUAUAUUUUUUUAUUUAUAAAUAUUUAAUUUGUACACUGGUGAUUUUUGUUGUGUAGCACUUAACACGGAUGUCAAGUUUAUUUG